AUGCACAGGAAGAGGAGUUCAGGUUCAAGCCUAUCUCCUCAUCGGGAAAGAUCUACUGCUAGGGUCAGUGAGGUUAGAUCGAAUGGAGCACUUUUUAUGGAGAACAUCAAACAAGAAGUUGAAAGUAUUGAUGCUGAUGUAACACCUUCUCGAAUACAAACUGCCUUUAAGAGUAGACCAUCUCUUGAUAGCCAUGGGAUAUUAGAGACAGAUACUGAUUUGAUUCGUCGAGGUGGAAGUAUUUCCCUUAGAACUUGCAAGGAGGAGCAUGAUGCAUCACCAGACAGUGGAGACUCAACAUUUUCUUUAUUUGCUUCUCUACUGGAUUCAGCUCUUCAAGGGUUAAUUUCUAUCCCCGACUUGAUAUUACAUUUUGAGAAUUGUUGCCGUGACGUCUCAGAAUCAAUAAGGUAUGGUUCUAAUGAAAUGCACAGAGUUAUGGAGGACAAAUUGAUGAGACAGAAGGCACGGAUUUUGCUUGACGAGGCAGCUUCAUGGUCGCUCUUGUGGCAUCUUUAUGGAAAAGGAAAUGAAGAACUUCCUGAAGACCUUAUCCUGUUGCCAACUACUUCACACUUGGAAGCUUGCCAAUUUGUAGUGAAGAAUCAUACUGCACAACUGUGCCUCCGAAUUGUUCAGUGGCUUGAAGGAUUAGCCUCCAAAGCCCUUGAUUUGGAUAGAAAGAUCAAUCAAACACAUAAUUUAACAGGGAUGUUAAUAAAUCCUUUUGCAGUUUUACAUAUAUCCAAAAAAGAGGAAACAUAUAGUUUCACCGUUUUAUCUGAUGUCCCCGAAGGGACAAAUGGUAGCACUGUCACGUUAUAG